UGUUGCGAUGACACAUAGACCCAAACAAGGGUUACCACAGCCCCUCUCAUCGCGUUCUGAUUUUGGACAUCACUUUUUUUCAGUUGAAAAUUACUUUCGGGAAGUUAUGCGCCGGCAACGCCGCCGCUGUCCUUAUCCUUAUUUGAGCUCCGGGCAAAGACAAACAGAAAACCUAACCAUGUCGGAUCACAAGUUCUAAUGGAGACGUUAAUACGUCCUGGAGACAUCAAAAAGUCUCUCAUUCUUUGGUCGUGUUCGUCUUUUCUGAGGAUAUCUAACUGCGUUCGGAGGUAUCCCCCGUCGAAAAGGAAUUUGAUCAUCGUGGGUGCAUGUUGUGUGUACCUGUUUUUCGUGGUUUCCCAGGUUGGACAUUCGUUGCUGCACCAGGAUAGACGGUUGGGCAGACACGGGUACAAGAAGAGUCUGGGACUAUACACUCUGAAGUUCGAUGAUGAUAGCCCGUCGGAAACAGCCGACUCACCAACCGGUGCUAACGACGACUCUUUAUUACCCUCAGUGGUUCCAACGCGGUCCAAUGUGGUGUACAUAACACUAAAGUCAAGGCGCAUUAAACCAUCUAUUAUGAGGGGAACAGUGAGACCGAAACUAAGGAGAAAAGCGAGGAGAACCAAACCCAAUGAGGGAUUUACACAAAAUAAAAUUGGCACAUUGAAGAGGGAGGAAUGGAGACAAAAGCGCACUAACCGAAUCGACAUAACUUGGAAACAAAUUAACACCAUAAAUCAUGCAACAGGAGAUGUAAGCUCGAAUUUAAAGAUGCAAACAGAACCUCACGUCAGUUCUAUCCGAAUAUACAGUGAGAGGGCACCGCCGUGGUUCAGCAAAGAGGACAUUAGUGCCAUGCGCUUUCUUGCUGAUGGUAAAGUUUCGCAUAUUCAUGAAGUGUCCCAUAAGGAAUUUAUCCCCCUUUUGCUGUUUGAAAGCACAUCAUAUUUGUCAUUGAUCCAUUCUGACAAACAGAACGAUUUCAAUGCACAUAAAGUGUGUAUAGGACAAUGUGGAGUUAUCAAAAGUCCAGUGGACACGAGCGAGGUUUUCGCUUUCCAUUUGGAUAGGGUCUUGGGACUGAACCGGAGCGUUGCCGCUGUCAGCAGGAAGUUUCCGUUUGUACAAGAUGGCCAGCCCUGCCCCGUGGUGCUGUGGGAUGGUUAUCUCUCUCCAGGGGACAAUGCAGAGGGCCAGUCCACUGUGAGGAUGACAUGGGGGGAGUACCAGAGCUCCCUCAAACAGAGGUGCUGGAACAGGAACGUCACGCCCAAGCCUAACUCUGGCUGCUCCAGCAUUCACCAUUAUGAGUGGAGCAAACUAGCCCUGUUUGAUUUCCUGUUGCAGAUAUAUAGCCGAUUGGACCGGAACUGCUGUGGGUUCAGGCCUCGUCAGGAGGACGUGUGUGUGGAGCAGGGCCACCAUCUGGAAUGUGGGGACAUGGACAGUUUGACGCUGGCCAACAUCAUCCACAGGGAUCACGACCCCAGGCACUUGGUCUUCACUGAAAACAAGGGCUUUUUCGACCGUGACGAGGACAACUUGGACUACAGACUACUGGAGGGAAUCAAGGAGCUUCCAGAACAGGCAGUGGCUGUGUUGAUGAGCCAGAAGCUGAGGGAGAAGCUCCUCCAGUCACUGUUCCUGGAUCAGCUGUACUGGGAGAGCCAGGGAGGACGGCAGGGCAUCGAGAAGCUCAUCGACGUCAUUGAGAGACGGGCCCAGGUUCUCCUAACAUACAUCAAUGCCCACGGCAUCAAAGUGGUGCCCAUGAAUGUAUGACGUCACAGGGUUUGGAAAAGGAGAGAAAAUGGAGAGUAGAUAUAGACAUGGAAUUUGAUCUUCCACAAAGACCAAGCCAUUUGUAAUUUUUUAAGUUCCCUUUCCGAAAGCCAGAAAAACAACUUCCAUUCCUCGAAUCAAAAUAUUUGCCAGUGAAAGAACUACCAGGGUCUCGAGGGUUUUCACUCCAACAGGACAUACUGUAUUGGUUGAUUUGGUAUCAAGCCAGAAUCUCACAGCUCUGAAUUGUCAAGCUGAAACAUUACUCUUAGUAUUCAUUAUACAAAGUGGCUACAGUUCUGUAUUCAAUAACCCACCAGUCUUACUGUAGUCUUUUGCUUUAUUGUAAUAUUUAACGUUACUCAUCUCUAGUAUAACUGUAAUACAGUAAACAAUUAUUUUUAGCAUUUCUUUGGGCCGUAUUCAUGUACCAUAGUGCUCCUCCGACUUCACCUUACAGUAGCCUACAACUCUUUGAUGGUUUAACAUCUGUCUAACUUGCCAUAAGAAAAGGACAUUAGUUAGAAAUUAUGUUUCAUUUGUACCGCAUAAGAUGUUAGUCCUCCAACAUUACCAAUUUCAUUGUUUAUAUUUAUUUUAAUAUUAUUUCAAAUGUUGAUCAAAAAAUACAUGUAAAUGAAAAUAAAUGUACUUUUACUUGAAA